AUGUGAAUACAUUUCAGCCCAAGAUGUGGCUCAGUGACAGAGCACAGUAGCUGGGAGCUUCUCCAUUUUCUCCUGAUCCCAAGGGCAAGCGACUGACCUCAAACCAUGAAGUGAGCAUUAAGGGGAAGUGCGUGCAUCCCUGUCUUCUCUCCUCAUCACCUCAACCGUUCACUGCUCGGAGGUGCCUUCUGUCCGCUACUUACACAGACAGCAAACUAUGGGAAGAACGGCGUUCAGAUCCUCAAAAUCUCGCCAAACUGGCAAACUUGAUGGACAGAUCAUAUGAGCGGAAAUUCCCUGUCAGUUCAUUGGCAAUUGCAAGGUUUGUAGACAAUAUAUCUUCAAGAGAAGAAGUUGAUCAAGCAGAGUACUACUUAUAUAGGUUCCGACACAGCCCCAACUGCUGGUACUUGAGAGACUGGACAGUCCAUAGCUGGAUCCGCCAGUGUCUGAAGUACGGAGCGCGGGACAAAGCCCUACACACCAUUAAGAAUAAGGUGCAAUAUGGAAUAUUUCCUGAUGACUUCACUCUAAAUUUAGUAAUUGAUACAUUCCUUAAAAAUGAAGACUACCAAGGGGCAUGUUCUGUAGUGGAAGAGGUGAUGCUGCAGGAGGCCUUUGAUCGUCCCACCACUCAGAUCCUCUCCCUGUUUGCCCUCAGCAAAUACCUGGCCCUCAAGCCUGAUCUCUCGCUGGAGGAGCAGAGAAAUCUGGGAGCAUCUCUACUUCUUGCUGGACUGAAACAGGAGAACUCUGUGGGUGUGAGUGCUCAGUGCUUGGGCUAUACUCUCAUCGGAAAGAUGGAGAUGACUAAGGGAAUACAUGCAGUGUUCCGGCAGAUGCCCCUAAUGUGGACGCACGGCUACCUGCCACGGGCACUCGCUGUCAUGGAAACCGUGUCCACGGGAACUGGAGAUGUGAAAAUAUCCAAAGAUGUUCUGGACCGUGUGGAGUCUGUGCUUGAAGAGCUGUCUGCCCCAGAGGCCUGUGAAGGAGAGGAUCAGAGCUCUUCUGAUAGCGACUCUGAUAAUGAGACGCCAAAGAACACCCUGGAUGAGGAAGAUGAGCAGGAGAGGGCAAAGCUUCCAGAAUACACUGCCAAGUUUAAGGCUCUGCGUGCCCAGCUCCAGGCCUCGGGGAAGGAGGACGCCACCUCUCUGGAGGCCCUGGUCACCAGCUUGGCCCAGGGGCAGCUGCAGGCCGCCGAGCAGCCUGACGUGGAGCUUUACCAGCGCAUGGUGAGUGAGUGGGAGGCCGAGCGCUGGCAGCUCAUCCAGAGGGAGAAGGAGAGCAGGGAGAAGAUGGAGCAGAUUGCACAGGAGAGGAAGGCUGCGAGGUCCACUGCUUAGAGGCUCUCAGGCUGGGCAUGGACUGGCCAUGGGAGUGGGUCAUCUGGACAACGUCACUGUCAGAAGUCAAACAGGCCAGCCAUGGUCAGUUUAAGCCAUGGAAAAUAACCAUGGGAAUAAGUUAAUUAUGUAACAGGAGAUUAGUGAUGUUCAGCAUUGCUGUGCCAAGCAUCUCACCAUCCUCCCACUACACUGGCCUCUCUUAAAGCCAUGCUGAAGGAACAGAGGAAUUGGCUGUUUGUUUUGACAGGCGAGCAAUAUACAAAUGCAGCUGGCAGUAAAAACCAGGUGCUUUUGCCGCCUGGUGUGGUAUGAAUUGUGGUUGAAUUGCAUUUUUUGUACCUCUGUAAAUAUACACAACACCAGUAAAUAAAAUACAUUUAAAAAUCCUCUA